GUUUUCAUUUCCAAGGCCACACACAAUACUUUCUAGAUAAAAUUCUCUCUCGGGAUGGCGUUAUAAAACUGUGAUGGUAAUACGCUAUGCUGUCAUAAAAAGCUUGAUUUUUCUAUAUAUUCAUCCUCAUGCAAUAAAAAUAUAGCUCUACAGAUUGCUCGUACCAGGUUUUUAUAAUUCAAGGGAAAUGUAUCACUGAUAUAGAAAAAAAUGAUGCGAUGUAACAGGUUUCUUAUUGAAGUUAAUAUAUUUCAAUUACUAUUCGUUGGAGGAAAUUUAAAUAAAACUUAUUCAUAGUUAAAGAACGUAUUCAUCUUAUGAAAAGUUUUACUUUUCAGAACUUUUAGUUUUUAAAGUUAUUCAUGGCAGCAAAAAUUCCAUUCAGAUCUUUUAAAUGGAAAGUUUAGCUAGAUAUUGUUUAGAUUUAAAAGCUUGACUAAGAAGCUAGUCGAAAAUUUACCAAUUCUCAUCUCAUAUUUCAUUCAUAAGCUAAAAGUAAUUUUUAACUUUUCUUCUGCUCAAGAGAUCAAUUAAUAAUCGUGCCUUAAGGGACAAAAAGGCUUCCACAAAUUUGUUUCAUAAAAAAUCAACUUAAGAUUCUUAUCGUUCAUGCUAGAAUUCAUUUUAUGCAUUGUUAGCUGGAGCUUGUGCAUUAACCUUAAUCGAGAAAGGUCAUUUAAUAAAGUUGGUAGCUCAAAUGUUUUUUAUAAAUUGAAAUAUCUCGUGAAUGAAUUUUUCAUUAAAUAUGCUAAAACAGUUGUCAAAAAUGUCUUGGUCCACGCCACCUUCAAUAGCUUCUAGAAAGCCAAAAGUACAGCAAUCAUCGUGGGAAGGAACGCCGACGAUCAAUUUAUAUGAACCGAAUCGAGAAAUGUCUGACGAGACAAAUAGUAAUGGAGCAAGUUUUGUGAAUAAGAAUGUUAGUAAUAUAAAUAGAAAAGCAAAACAUAAUCAAUAUUCGUUGCCAACAACAAUGCAUCAAAUGUCUGAUCCUGGACUUUAUUAUAUGGCUGUAUCAUCAAGAUCUCCAAAAUCUCCCAAAUCACCAAACUCACAAAAAUUUGAAUUUGAAUUAUCAACAACACCACAGUAUUCAAGAUCUCCAUUAAAGUCUGUUGCCAGCAACUGUCAUAAUUAUCAAGAUACAUCAACCUCUGACUCAGCACCUUCAAUACUUACUUCACCCAUGAAAAAAUUUGAAUAUAGUGCGGUUAGUCCUAAAUUUGAAGGCUCAGGUAUUAAAAAAUUUGAAUAUUGUUUACCGCUUAAAACAUUAGAAAAGGAAGACCCAAAAAUAAUAAAUAAAGAUGUAACAUCGGAUGGAAGUGAAGUUUAUGGUGUCAGUAAAAAUGAUGACAAUGAUAAGCCAUUAAUGUCACCGUUUGCAGAUAAUAAAGUCUUUUUUGCAACAUGCAGUCCUAGAAAAAAUAAAAUAAUGAAGAAACGACAUUAUAAUGUAUCGCCCGAUGGAGUGUCAUCUUUAGAUGAAUAUACGAACAGUACAACUAUAUUGUAUGAGACAAAUACCCCAGGACGAAGAAUGUCAAUCACCAUAUCAGAUGGUAAUAGUAGUAAGAUGAGAACUGAACCCAUUAUAAUUACAAAAUCUUUAGAAACAUCAAGCUUAAUAACACAAUCAACUAAUUGCUCACGAACUACUACUGAAUCACCACUGCCAUCUCCUUCAUCAUCUGGUCUAUCUAUGGCCACAACUGCUUCAUGUACAACAAUGGAAUCUAAACAUUCACAAGCCAACAACCGCCAAAAGUCGAUGUGUCAGAAAAUUGGUGAGGAAGAUGACGAAGUUAUAACAUCGCAAGAAAAUCUCUCAAUAGAUUUACAUCGUCGGCGACAUGCUAUAAAUAUCACAAAUAAUCCUGGCUAUAGGGCUUUGCAUAAUAGCCAUUCAACAUUAUCAGACAAGAAAAGUGUAGACAGAACGUGCAGUGAUAGUGCAACGCAAUUGUUAAGGCAUAGAAAAUCAACAAGUGAUUUAACAAAUAACAGUGAUGACAAUGAGAAUGUUAUGUUAUCAGGAGCAUCACAUGGUCACAAUUAUAAGCAUCGAAGACGAGGUAGUUCAAAAGGUGGACUAGCUUAUUUAAUGGAGAAAAGAGAUUCACGUAGAGGCUCAAGAGAAAGUGUUUUAUCACAGCAUACAAAUUGUUCUAAUGAAGACAUUGGACCACUUGCAAAUUUCCAACAAACACAACGUGGUCGUCAGAGAAGAACGUCAAAUUUCUUGGAAUUGCCGGUACCAGAUCACAUUAGACCACGUGUUUGUUCUUUACCUGACCGACCUUAUACACCUUACAACCCUCGAGUUAGCGAAGACUUGUAUCGUCUCCGAACAUUUUCAAUCAGUAAAGGAACAGUAGUCAACUGUGGAGAUUCUAUCAUAUCACGUCGUUCUAGAAGUAACACAUCUGUCAAUUCAACAACUAGCAAAUUAAGUGAACGUUCACCUUUUGAUGGUUCUUGUUGUGGUGGAUAUACUGGAGGCGAUGAAUCAAAUAGCAGUGAUUCCGAACCAACACCGCCAACAAGAUAUCGAGUUGUGAUGUUAGGUGAUUCGGGGACGGGAAAAACUGCGCUGGUAAAUCAGUUUAUGACUUCGGAAUAUAUGCAUACAUACGACGCAUCCCUUGAUGAUGAAUUCGGUGAGAAGACCGUCAGUAUUCUACUCGAUGAUGAGGAAUCAGAGCUAAUUUUCAUUGACCAUCCUGCAAUCGAAAUGAGCGUUGAAAAUUCUCUCUCAACAUACGAGCCACAUGCAUGCGUCAUAGUUUACUCAAUUGUACAGAAAAGCUCGUUUAGAGUUGCUGAGGAAAUCCUCAAUUAUUUAUGGAGGGAAAAUAUUACGAAAGAUAAAGCGGUUAUUCUUGCAGGAAAUAAAGCUGAUUUAGCACGCUCGAGGGCUAUUACAGUACAAGAGGGCAAGCAAUUAGCAGCAAGUAGAGAAGUUAAGUUUAUUGAAACAUCAAGCGGUAUCCAGCAUAAUGUUGAUGAACUUUUAGUUGGAAUUCUGAAGCAGGUGCAACUGAGUGAUAAUGAAAAGCGAAAAAAUGAUGAACAGCAUGACAUGCCAAAUAUAAUUAGCAUACAUGUUAAAUUCAUAUCCGAUAAAUGCUCUGAUAGUUAUGUCAAGACAAUGAUUUAUAAAGCUAUAACAACAUAA